AUGCCUGAACCAGCGAAGUCCGCACCCAAGAAGGGAUCAAAGAAGGCCGUCAUCAAGACCGCCGCGAAGGGAGGAAAGAAGCGCAGAAAGUCUAGGAAGGAGAGUUAUGCUAUCUACGUGUAUAAAGUCCUGAAGCAGGUUCACCCCGACACCGGUAUUUCUUCCAAGGCCAUGGGCAUCAUGAACUCUUUUGUCAACGACAUCUUUGAGCGCAUCGGAGGUGAGUCUUCUCGUCUCGCUCACUACAACAAGCGCUCCACCAUCACUUCCAGAGAGAUCCAGACCGCCGUUCGUCUUUUACUGCCCGGUGAGCUGGCCAAGCACGCCGUGUCCGAGGGAACUAAAGCCGUCACAAAGUACACCAGCAGCAAGUAAACUCGCUUGUAGCUUUCAACGCCCCAAAGGCUCUUUUAAGAGCCACCUACUCCGUUUGAUAAAGAGCUUUCUUGUGUGUAUGGUUAUCUUAAUCAUUGUUUGCAUAAUUUUUACGUGAAUAGAUACCAUAGUAUAGAGUAUUUUCUUCGCCGUGUUAAUUGCUAAUAGUAACGUUAUUUGUUUGAGUUAAGACUUCGAAAGAUUAUAAAAAACCUUACCUGAAAUAAAAUAAACGCAGAACCGGAAGAUUUCGUCUGUCCAGCCUGUUCGUUGAAUUACUUUUUUUUUUUUUAGCUUAAAAUGGCAUAUUCAACGACGGUAUUACAUAGAAAAUAAUACCAUAAUUGCCAUUCCUAUUCUGACAUUCAACAACACAAAAACACGUUUUUAAAUUAAUUGUCUCCUCAGUUUCACUCUGCUGUUUUUUCCACUGUUUUUCUGCAACCAGUAUGCGCGCGCAGCUGACAGUGACGUAACCGUGACGUCGACUCCAAAUCGGAGGGUAUUCAUUGAUGUCACUUUUCUAUGUGAACAUGCUGGGACACGUUCCCCUGAGUGGUAAACCACCAGCAAAGUGGCUAAAGAAACCGGUGUCAUGAGGUGUAUAAGGCUUGUUCGACUUCAUGCGGCGCCGCAAGAAUCUGCAGACGCCUGACAACAGCAAUGCAUUCUGGUUAGACUUUGAUCGGCGCUGUGCUGCAGCCGCCUUAAGAUCACGUGUGCCAUUAAAGUACCGCGAGAGCAAAACGAGACCAACCGCCUAGGCCAGGCAGAAAGGAAGAAAUGGGCGGGCUUUGGCGUUUGGAGGGGAGUUCAGUGAUUGGUUUGAAUUUUUCACAGACUCCAACCAAUAGGCGAACGAAAGGCACUGAUAAAUGCUGGAAACCACAACGACCAUGUCAUAAAUUGCUUGGAUUUCUAUAAUCGAAAGGAGUUUUCAUCUUA